GCCGGGCAGCGGCACUCGCAGCGACGGGCCGCGGCAGCAGCGAGCGCCGAGCCGAGCAGUCCGUGCAUGAGUCUCGUCCGGCGCGGUCGCCCGCGCCCCGCGCACCACCAUGCAGCGUCUCGUCGUGCUCUUGCUGCUACCGGCACUCGUGUCAUGUGUGAUCUACGACGAGAUCCCAGAACAUACUUUGUGCAACCUACACGACUGUGAAUGCCUGGACAGCGGACACCCCUCAUGGAAGACUGUCAACUGCAACAUGACCACAACAAAGAAUCUGGCCAUCUUCAGCGGAAAUCUUCCUGUGGAGACCACCGACCUGGUGGUGACCGGCUACGAUGACGUGUCGCUGGAGCACGGCGCGUUCUCGUCGCUGAACGACCUACGACUCGUGCGCAUCGCGCACAGCAAGCUGGUGGUGUUCCGCCGCGGCGCCGCGGUCGACCUGACCGUCGUCAGCGCCUACGUCGAGGUCGAGCACUGCUCGGAGCUGCGCGUCGAGGGGAAAGCAUUCAGCAACUUACGCGGUCCACUAUCGGUUACUAUAAGACAUUGCGACCGCGUGUCAAUCGAGGGCGAUGCGUUUUCGUGGCUGUUGAAGUUGCGCAUCACCGACGUCGGGACCCUGGUGCUGAGCCCCGGCGCCUUCACGCUGGAGCCCACGGCCGGCAACGUGGGCGAGCACGGCCCCGGCAUGUCGAUUGAACUGAGACGGUUAACAGCACCCGAGAUCCCUUCGCAAGCAUUUGGUUCGUCAGCUGCUGAGAUAAUACUGGAAUCCAUGGUGGUGACCACCAUUCGGUCGGGCGCCUUCUCCGCCAACACGUACAAUGUUAUCAGCGCCACCAAAUGCAUCGUCAGUUUCAUAGAAGGCGAAUCAUUCGCACAGAAGUCACUAAUUAACAACCUGCUCUUCUUCGAUUGUAGAAUACAGCAUAUGUAUCAAAGAGCAAUACAAUCUGCUAUUACUUAUCUAAAUAUCAACCACACUAGAUUCAACUUCAUCGAUACGGGCGCUAUCAACUCGACAGUAGCAACGGUGAAAAUAGCAAAUAGCGAGUUUCAUAAGUUUUUAACAAGAGGAAUCGAAUUAUCAUCAUGGAGCAAUCUUUUUAUGGAGAAACUCAAAUUCGACGCUCUACCGGAACAUGCCAUGAUUGCACAUCCAACUAUGGUUGAAGAAUUUGUCUUCGCAGACAAUGAAGUAGAAGAAGUCUCUAAAAACAGUUUGGAGUUCGUAGGGAAAAUUAUCGAUAACAGAUUUGGUUACCAAGGUGUUUACAGAAACAAUUACUUUGGAUCACCGUGCAGUUGCAACAUUAGCCUGAAGAUAGGCGAGGCUUUGGGGGCUACGCCUGACGGGAUAUAUGCGCUCGAGAGCUACUGCACAGUCAAUGAAUUUUUUGCACGAUGCUUCAAUGCUCCCGAGCAAAACAUAAUUCUUCGUACAUUUAUAGAAAAGGUGUGUCAUGAAAAAUCCGCUGUACAGUGUGAACAAUACAAGAAAAAAUCAGAUAUUCCAACGGAAAUAAAAAAUCCACGAUUCCCUCACAAACAUGAAGAAGAUACUUUAUCAGAACGAAACAAGAAAGUGAUAAGUAUUGUCAUAGUAACAGCAUUAGUGUGCGUCGGAACUGUGAUGCUUAUAAGUUUUGGAAGAUGGCUGAAGAAUAGAGGAUGUUGUGCUCGCCUAAGAAAUAUAUUUACAUCACUAAUAUCCUCUUGCUGUGCAUUUUUUGCCAGAAUCUGCGGAUGUGGGCGUAAUAGUGGACUUGAUAACGGAAGAUUUGUAUCAGAGCUAUCAGUACAUGAAUAUUCAGAGCGUCGCCGACUCAAUGAGCCACGUAUACCGGAAAAUAUGAUCGUAGAAACUAUUUUGCCUGGAACUGGAACGCCUUGUUUAGAUUUAACCCCCAUGGACGAUAAAACGACACAAACACUACCCGAAGAAUUAACUAAGGAACUGUUGGAAAAUUUAAAAGAGAAAUUAGAAGAUCCAGAUAACUAUGUUGAGGCCCGAGAAAUGAUCGAGCACUUAUACGAACUUAUCAAAGUAGAAGAGAGCUGCAACUCAAAUACACCGAUCGUAAUGCAAACGGAGGAAAAUAUUUAUGAGUUACCUUUUCAGAACACCACCCCUAGAAUUGGAAAAAACAAAAAGCAAAUGAUCAGCGUUGGAACUAGAGCCCCGUCUUUGGACAAGCUACUGCCGCUGUCGCCAUACAAUAGACAGACUGCGCUAGCACACGAAUACUUUGAGCCCAAAGAUUUUGCUGUUCAUCUGUACGCAGAAAUAGCUAAUUGUGACAAGGAAAAGCGCACGUUACUGGGCAUAAUCCCAGAUAUUGUAGAACAAGUGGUUCCCCGUGGACCAUACCUUCGUGCUGUACGUGAAAAGAAUUCUAGUCCCAGCACAGCUUCGUCUCCCUCGUCUAAGUCAUUAAAUAGCAUUAAAAAGAGCCCGAUGACAGGGCCCAGCGGAAGCCAAAUUACAAGCCCGCUACAAAGCCCCUCUAGUAUGAAAUCUGGUAAAUCUACGGCAUCUAAUUCAUCAGGAAAGAUGAUGAAUCGGCCGCUCCCCGAAAAACCGGUUAGUCCGGAUCCUGGAGAAGGCCCUUCAAUGGUGGGCUAAAGGUGCCGGCUGGAGCCCGCGGGUCGAGGGGCACGCGCGGCGGGCUGUGACGCUGCACCCGUAGCACCCAGCGAGACUUGCGCGAUUUAUUUGCUGUGAUAUUAUUUUGAUUUAUAUUACUUUUAACUAUCUCAAUACCUUGAGUGAUUGUGUCAUGCCAGACACCUUUUAAUAUAAUUUGUAAAUAUUAAAUAUUUAAUUAAUUUUAUUAAUUACUCAAUGGCCUGAGGCCAUUACGUAAAAAUGUGUAAUGCUUCGUAUCUGUGUACUAUGGUGAAUUAAUGUAUGAGAGACAAUGAAAAUAGUAAUCUAAAGUACAUAAUCAUUAAUAUGUAUUGUUACCUUUUCUUUAAUAACAUACAUAUUGUUGAAUAGAAACGUGUGUAGGUAUUAGAUCGAUAGAUCUCUUUUCAAAUGUAUGUAUUUCAUCACUUGUUAGAUCACCACACAUCAAAAUGUUUAUUAAGUAAUAUGGAUGGAGUAUUAUUUUCAAAAGUAUUUUUAUAAUUGACUCAAAGAUACCUACUUGUUAUAAGACGAGAAAUAUUUUCUAAUGUAAAUUAUUCUUACAAAUUAACUCAUAUGGUUAGUGAAAAUGUAGUGAGUUAGUUCUUUAUAAAAUUUUACAUAUUGAUAUUGUGAAAAAUAAGAAAAGUAUCAUUCAAAUUUUAUUUUUUAUGCAAAAGACAAAGGUUUUCGCUAACUCAUACAAUAGAUUGUGCGUGAAUGAACUCUGGGUGUGUUAAUUGAAUAUUAUUUUUUUACUGCCAAUUUUGUAUUAUUUAUUUUAUCAUAUUUUGCUGAUUAAAUUAGAAUUAAGGAA